GGCCGGGCCGAGGGAGCUCUACAGUGAGUGACGUCACCUCUCCCAUGGCGUCACAUUGACGUAGCGCAUACCAGGCGCUCUAUGAGGAGGCAGACUCACAUAAAUGCUGUAUUAGACUUUCUCCCUCAGACCGCGCGCAUAAACAAUCCCGCACUACGGCUUUACAUCUGAGCGCAUCAUCACUGGCACAUACACAGGAUCACUCUGAAACACACUUUUAAAACACACAUCGGACUAUAGUCUAGCCUACUUUCCUUUAGAAUAAUUAAAAGGAAAAACAAAAAGAAAGAAUAACUUUUUUUUCUUCUGUCGCUUCAUCCUCAACAAGUUCUGCAAAUAUACGUGUUACUUUUCAGCAGCUUUGGUAAUUUUUGUAAUUAUUCUGGAUCUAUACAGGAGACUUUAUGUUGGGUUAAUAACACAUGUAAAGACGGAACCGCUACAGCAAACAAACCCGGGUUCGGAAGAGCGCGCCCAGCCGAGCUCAGAGCCCCGGCUACCGGACAGUCCCUUCGAGUCCUCCCCGCUCCCGGUCCCCCACCACAGUCGCACCAGUCCCCAGCCCCCCACACAGAACACCAUUCAGCGCGAGGCUUUCACACCAGAUCUAUGGCAUUCUGACAAUGAACAAGCACGCUCAGUUUUUGGAACGGAUGCAUUGUGUCCAGUUGAAAUGCACACCUCGAGACAUGCCUUGUGUGCAGGCACAGUAUGGGCCCGCACCUCCAGGCUCGUCCUACUCCGCCCAGUCCUUUGGUUACCAGGGCGACAGCUACAGCUCUGACCUCAUGACCCCGGACUAUACCAAGUUGGACUUGGGUGGGGGUGAGAUCUCGGCGGCCGCCACCACCUCUCUGCCCAGCUUCAACGUGUUUGUUGAGGGGAGCUACGAGCCCAAGUCCUCCUGCCUAUACCAGAUGCCCUCUCAUAGGCCGCUUAUCAAGAAGGAGGAGGAGUCCUACCCACAACCUGACACCUUGCCCUCCUCCUCCAUGUACUUUAAACAGUCUCCUCCGUCCACCCCCACCACCCCCUCUCUCGCCCCCCAGCCUGGCUCCUCCUUCCUCUGGGAUGACUCCCCCCACCUCUCUCUGCAGCCCCCCUCCCACGGCCCCCUCAAGUCCGCUCGCUUCCCCCACUUCUAUCAGCACUCCCCUCCCCACAGUGGGGGGUACGAGGGGCUGGGAGGGGGGCUGCCUCGCUCUUCCUCCUCAUCCUCGUCCUCCUCUGUGCCCCCCCACCCCCACGGCCCGCCCCUGGAACAGCACCUGUACCAGCUGCACCGCGGGGUUGGGGGUCCGGGGGGCCCGGGAGGACUGGCCUUCCGUUCUCUGGCACUGGGGUCCUGUAACCCUCUGCUGGGGGACCGCCUGCCCUCGCCCCCCCAUCGCGGCCCCCCAGGAGAGGGCACCUGUGCCGUGUGUGGCGACAACGCUGCCUGCCAGCACUACGGCGUACGCACCUGCGAGGGCUGCAAAGGCUUCUUCAAGCGUACGGUGCAGAAGAAUGCCAAGUAUGUGUGCCUGGCCAGUAAGAACUGCCCGGUGGACAAACGGAGACGCAACCGCUGCCAGUACUGCCGCUUCCAGAAGUGCCUCAGUGUCGGCAUGGUGAAGGAGGUGGUGCGUACAGACAACCUGAAGGGCCGUCGAGGUCGUCUGCCCUCCAAACCAAAGAGCCCGCUGCAGGCGGAGUCCUCGCCUCCCUCGCCUCCCCUCAGCCUGCUCUCUGCUCUGCUCAGGGCCUACUCACACUGCACUCCCAGGGAACUAGACUACAGCCAGUUCAGUGCGGCGGAAGCCCCCUCCUCCUCCUCUGACACCCAGUACAUACAGCUCUUCUAUAGGCUGCUCACCAUCUCCAUGGAGACCACGCGUUGCUGGGCCGACCGGCUGCCCGGCUUCAAUGAGCUUCACGGCGAUGACCAAAACCUUCUCAUAGACUCCGCCUUCCUGGAGCUCUUCGUCCUGAGAUUGGCCCACAGGUCUUUGUUGUCGGAGGAUAAGCUGGUGUUCUGUAAUGGCCUGGUGCUGAGCAGGUUCCAGUGUCUGAGAGGUUUUGGAGAGUGGCUGGACUCCAUCAGAGACUUCUCCUCUCAUCUACAGAGUCUCAACCUGGACACAUCCGCCUUCUCCUGCCUGGCUGCCCUGGUGCUGCUCACAGAACAGGUCCCAGGACUGAAGGACAGUAAGCGCGUUGAGGAGAUGCAGAACAAGGUGGUCUGUUGCCUUAGAGACCACCUGGGCUUUGGCCCCUCCUCCUCCUCCAAGGCCACGCCCCCUCUAAGUCGUGUGCUGGGUGUUAGGGCGGAGCUCCGCUCCCAGAGGACCCAGGGUCUGCAGAGGAUCUUCUACCUGAAGCUGGAGGACCUGGUCCCGCCCCCCACCUCUGAUUGACAGGUUCCUAGACACUCUUCCCUACUGAUGCUGCCUGGGCUGAUUACGCCCACACAUACGUGUCACAUCCUGUUUAAGACACUCCCCCCCCACCCCCCAGAGCACCACGCAGCCACGCUCAGAGGAGCGAGACUCGCUGAGCUACGCUGAGAGACAGCCAAUCAAAUUGCUUUUCACUCAUUAAGGACAACCAAUCACAAAAUUAUUUUCACGCCAUAAAGACAAUUAUUCAUAUGCUUACCAUUUUCUAUCUGGUCCGUUUUUCUCAAGUGAUGGGAGGAUUUGAAAGGAUGACAAAAAAUGAAAGUGACAUUUCUCUGUCCUGUUUUAGUCUGGUUAUGCCUGAAGGAGGAAAAUAAGACCCAGGUCUUUGUUCUGGACUGGUUUGGCCUGCUUCAGUCUGGUUCGGUUCAGUCUGAAGUUCAUAGCAGUCUGUCCUAGGGGGAGGGGAAUGCAGUCUGUGUGAGUAACUGUGUGACGCUCUGAUGAUGUCCCAGGGAAACAGAAGCUGCGUUUUUUUUGUGUUCCCUCUGCGAAAUUGGAGGAAGGAGACAUUUAAAUAAAAAAAGGUAUCGUCAGUCAAGACGACGUACAGCGUGAGUGACCCAGCAAUCUGUCUGUGUGUGUGUGUGAGCUUAGUCACACAACAGAGUCUCCAGCAGAAGGCAUUAAAACAGAAGGUCUAUAUAAAACACAACACACACAGUGAAGUGACUGCUGUUUGGCUCUGUUGUCCAAGUGCAAUUUCUUUAGUGCUAUCUUUUUAUUUUUAAAGCAACAACUAGAGAUGGAAAGGUUUCAUUUCAAACUGUAAAUGAUUUGAAUACUAAGACUGGCCAUGUACUGUCAGUCUGUCAGUAGCUCCGGGAGAAAGACAGAUUGGUGAGGAGGUACUGAGCACUAACCAUUGAUGACUCAGUCUCUCAGACUUGAACUGGCUGUAGUAGAUUUAAGAAUCAACUCUUAGGAUUAUUGGAGGAAAGAACGCAAGCAGCACCUACACCCUCAGAGGGUGACAAGCACAGACACACACCCACCCUGCUCCCCGAGAGAGGGAGCGAAGAGGCAGAGAGGAGGAGAACAGGAGGAGGAAAGGGGGGCUGGGAGUAGAAGGGUGCUCGAUGGAUGACUGUAAGGGGCCUGGUAGAGGUUGAAACAUUCCACAGUCAUGCUCUUUUUAUAUGUUUGUAAUAUGGAGGCUGUGAGAGAUUGGAGGACAGUGUUACUGUCUAUGUGUUUCCGUGUAGGAGUACAGGAGCAUAUGCAUGGUGUGUUAUAAGCUGUUAUAAGCUCUUAUGAAGCUGUUAUGACAGCCUGGCCUGGUUUGCGUGUCAGACUGCGCCUGUGUGUGUGUGGUCCCCACCCACCCGGCCAUCCACCAUUACACAUCACAGACUCACUCACAGGCAUCCGUUUUGAAAGAAGGAAAAAAAAAUAUUCUAUAGAUAUAUAAAUAUAUAUAUAUAUACAAAACUAAUAUUUUUAAGUGUUUUUAGCUUUUUCAAAUAUUGUGGUACAAGUUGUGCAUUGUUUUUUGAAGAAGAGAAAUUAAAAGAAGUACAAAAAGUUG